CUUUCAACUGAAACUGCAAUAUUGGCUCUCAAGAAUACUGUUCAGUAUUACACAGACCGCAAAACUCCGGUAUAUGCCUGUUUCCUGGAUCUCUCCAAAGCCUUCGACCUUGUGUCAUAUGAUGUGCUUUGGAGAAAGCUGGGGGACAGGAAUGUGCCAAACGAGCUCCUUAGGCUAUUGCAGUAUUGGUAUGCUAACCAAACAAAUAAUGUAAAGUGGUCUAACAAAUUAUCUAAUACAUAUAGGUUAGAAUGCGGUGUAAGGCAGGGAGGGCUAACGUCUCCUAGGCUUUUUAAUGCCUAUAUAAAUGACCUCAUAGACGAGCUCAGUAGCAUGCGUGUUGGCUGUUCGGUUGGUGGUGUAAACAUCAACAGCAUCAGCUAUGCAGACGAUAUGGUGCUGCUGGGCCCGACUCCAGGUUCUAUUGCAUCAAUGCUGAAAGUCUGCGAGAGCUAUGCAGCUAAGCAUGGUCUCGUGUAUAAUGCGAAAAAAUGUGAGUACAUGAUUUUUAAGGCCGCUGGUAAAUGCCCUGAUCAGAUACCCAUUUUUACCAUGAAUGGCAUGAACAUAAAAAGAACAAAUAGCUUCAGAUAUCUCGGGCAUAUACUUACAGACGACCUUAAAGAUAAUGCAGACGUUGAAAGGGAGCGUAGGGCGCUGGCGGUCCGAGGUAAUAUGUUGGCACGUAGAUUUCACCGUUGUACCGAUCAGGUUAAAAUUACGCUGUUUAAAGCGUACUGUCAAGGUCUGUACACGGGGGGUCUAUGGAUCAGCUGUACCAAAAGAUCGCUGGACGCCCUGCGUGUCCAAUAUAAUAAUAUUUUUAGGAUGAUGUUGGGAUUACCCCGCUUCUGUAGUGCGUCGGAAAUGUUUGCGGAAAAUCGAACCGAUGACUUUUACGCCUUAAUAAGAAAAAAAACGGCAUCAAUAAUAACUAGGAUUCGGGCUAGUAACAACAGAAUCCUAAAAACAGUGGCGGAGAAUCUGUACUCUCCUAUCUUUAGGCAUUUUGUGAAGUUGGUAGUGAGGAUAGCGUGAGGGUAAAUUUGUGUAAUUAUGUUUAACUACUAACAAUAAUUUUAAGUUGUGUU